AUGGUGUCUUGUGGAAAUGGUUUCAAUACCCUCUCCGACGCUUUCGACUUGUCCGACUAUGAACCUGUCUCCUUUCCUGAGACCGAAGUCGUGGAUGAAGAGGAUACAGAUUCUGGGACAAAGAAAUCGAUGACACCGCGGCCUAGGGUGGUGACCACAGUGAUUCCUGACAAUGGCGAGAGGGAGGGUAGUCCAGAUAUCACCGUGGAGGAUGACCCGUUUGCCUACCUCGGGCCCAUGGAUUUGUUUCCACCACACAAACAGGUUCGAACUCCCCCCAUUCACUUACCAGUUCUCUCCAGCGACGGUCGUGGCCCAGAAGCGCUGGGUUCAGUUUCCGAUGUCCUUCAACCGUUUGAUGAUUCUGAGAUAGAACAAGAUGAGGACACCGAACUCGAGUCCGACGCAUCUUCUGAGCUGUCGGAUGGUGUAGACCUUUGCAACGACUUCGAAGAGGCCAUGUCAAGUGGGAUGACCUGGUUUGGCCAGUACCAGUUCUCAACGUCUUACUCCAACGCUCCCGACCCCCUCCUAUCCAUCCAAAGAUUCAGUGACAACGAAUCACUUUCACUCCCGCUCACCGAUCACGAUGCCCAAACCCUCUCAACCUUUCUCAAGUCACAGGAUUCAUCGAUUCGCCAGUACAGUCCUUUCGAAGGACGUUGUGGCCAGGUAUUCAAGGCUGCGAGUGUUGGGAUUGGGAAUCCCAAGUAUGAGAAGUGGAUUCAGGCUCGGGUGGUUCCAACGCUGCUGGAGGAGUUGGGCGUGAAUGGAUCGAGUGAAGGGGAGGCGAACCUGAGUGCGGAAGCAGAGCUUCGUAUGGCUGGUCUGUACGGGCCUGGCUCCAGUAUUCCGGCUUUCGAAGAGUCUAGAGGUACAGGAGGCGUUGUUGCGACUUUUGGCAUUGUCCUCCCCUCAUCUUCCCCUCCCACCGGUGGCGACUUCUCGAUCUCUUACUCCCUGUCGUCGUCCACCACUUCCUUCUCAAGGUGCCAUUCUCCGUCGACGACCACGCACCUCUUCGCGUUCUAUAGGGGCCCCGUCCAGGUUGAGAAACGCACCCUCGCAUCGGGCUACCACCUCAUCCUCUUCUACAGCCUCCGCCUGACAAACCUCUCCUACUCUGCGUGGGUGUAUUAUGCGAUGGUGCCGCCUGACAUGGACGAGGAGAUGUACAAGGUCGAUCGGGUACUGAGAAAGUGGAAAGAGGGGAAGUAUGACUUUUUCAAAGACAGAGAUCUGUUGAUCUACGUGUUGGAUGGGAGGUCGUUUGUGGAUGGAGUUGAAGGUCUUGAUGCCCUGGAAGGCGCUGACUUGCAUAAGGCUUUGCACCUUCUGUGUAUAGCCGAGCGUCGUGGAUUUGGUGUUGGGUUUUCUAGGGUGACGUCUCACAUUCUCAUGGAGGCCUGGCAAAGGGACCCGCAGCCCGCAGGGGAGGUAGGAACCUGUGAUAGCCCAGAGGAUGCCGAGGAGUGGGAAUUGGGCGACUUGUUAAAUGAUAAGCUCAUGGUGGGUAGCAUCUGUGACAAAGGCGGACGGAGGAUGUUUGGCCAUCGAAAUAGUCGGUAUGAAGACAUUGUGAGCAUUGUAUCGUGUUACGUCCCCCAGUACGGGUUGGAGAAACUGGUCGAGGAGGAGCCUGGUGAAGUAGUUUAUAGGCCCGGAAAAAACGGCUCCCCUGGCACAGCGGAAGAGCGUCACACCGCGCCCGUCCUGAUACUUUUCCCCCUCUCACGGAAGGCUCGUAUCCAAUUCGAGUUCGAGGGUGGGAUCAUAGGGUCUCUGGAGUACCUCAAGACGUCGUCUUGUAACCCACCGACAGACAAGGAUCGGAAAGUGGCAUAUGCCAUCCUCGAAGCUGUCGACAGAGACUUGAGCGUACGCAGUGACCUCCGACCGUGGAGCUCUUUCCCCUUCCGACUUGUCCAGGCGAACGUCAACGACAAUUAUCCCUGGGGGGUGACUCCCGCUGACGGAGUUUCCAAUCCCACCACUACUCACAACUCCACCGAUGUCGUCCUGCAGGUCAUGGACUACGCUGCGAGGUGGAGGGACCUGAAGCUGUGGGAUGCUACGGCUGAGCGCCUGGCGUGGGCAUUUAUCACGAUUGGGAGUGAGAGGGUAAAAGAGGCGACGGAGGUGUUUGAAUGGAGGGUGUUCAAAGAGCGUCUGCAGCCGCUUCAAAUUGGAUUGCGCCAUACGCGUCCUGGCGCGGCGUCUGCCUUGCAAGCCGUCAAAAAAUCACGUCCCCCACCUCUCUGGCACUUCAUGGUCGACACGGCUGCUAGUACCGAAGGGUCCGACACCGACCUCCUUAUCAAACCAGGUCGGGUUCUGCGUGAUUUGGAAGAAAUUUUAGCUCUUCCUAUCGCAUCUCCUUCAGACACUGAUGGUUUUUCCAUUCGCUUGGACGAAGUGUGCAUGAAAUGGAAGAACAAGGAGUACGAAGCCAUCGACUUCCCCCCUAUCCCUCUCAUUGCCUACGUGCUUCCAAAGCUUUACCGUGGAGGGGGAUUCACAGCCCUUGAGGGCACUGAGAAGGCCAGGGUAGACCUCAUUUGCCAAAUUGCAGACAAACACGACAUCUUCGUAGGGAUAGGCAAACUGACGUGCACGUUUGAGGGAGAUGGCGAAGAAUUGAGGGAGGAGGGUCUCGAGGAAGUCAGCACGACGUGUGUUGUUGAUAAUAUCGUCGCUCGAACGGGCGAAGCAUUUGUGAAGAAGAUCAAGGACCUUGAUAGCACGGCCUUAGUGCCGCAGACCGCUUUUGCCGACUCAAACCCGGACUCGAUGCAAGAUGGGCUUGAUGACGAUGACUGGCUAGAUAUGGACGAUUACGAAUAUGAGAGAGCAGUCGCCCUUCAUGGGCCGCCAUCGGAUAAACUGUUGAGAAACUGGAGAGAGGGCGAAUGCCCAUAUCGAUUGAGUAAGUAA